AUGCUGAUUGUCCCACAGAUUGAGGAAAGCCUUGGUCACAGGCCACAAUUCACAGGAGAUGCAUUGUCCAUGAGACUGCAAUACAAGACAUUUGCAGACCAAAUCAACGGUCCUUGUACGAAGUCCGCAAAUCUCAGUAUUGAGAAUAUAAAAAUCUCGCCUCAUGUGACAGCAAGGGUGUACCGUCCUGUGAAGUCGGAAGGAAGCCAGCCAUUGCCCGUUGGCGUUUAUUUCCACGGCGGUGGAUGGUGCUGUGGUGACUUGGACACCGAAGACCCUUUCUGCCAACUCCUUGCUGAAAACUUGCCUUGUGUCAUUGUCUCGGUGGAGUACCGUUUGGCACCUGAGCACAAAAGCCCAACUCAGCUUGAGGAUGCCCUUGAAGGCUGGAACUGGGCACUCAGAAAGGCUUCAAAGCUGAACGGAGAUAUCCAAAAAUACUUCGUCAUCGGGCAAAGUGCUGGAGGCCACCUAGCCCUUGCUUUGGCAAACAAGCUUGUGAACUUGAAUCGCCAGGGCGAGGUCCGUGGUAUAGCAGCUAUGGUGCCGAUUGCUGCUCAUCCUGACCAUAUUCCCGCUGAGUAUGUCGAUAAGUAUCGAUCAUUCAAGGAUUGCGCAAAUGCGCCCUUGAAUUCAGCCCAUGCUAUGAUCGAGUUCUUUGAUGCCGUUGGAGCGAGUCCGCAGGACCCGGAGUUUUUUAUCGUAAACAGCACCAAUUUCGACAAGUUUCCUGCAACUUAUCUAAGCGUUUGCAAUGUUGAUCCCAUUCGCGAUGACGGAUUAAUCAUUUAUGACGAAUUAAUUAAGGCCGGAGUUCCAACAAGGAUUAACCACUAUCUUGGGCUACCUCACGUUUUCUGGGCUUUGGGGUGCCCUACGCCAAGUGGGACCUUUCUGGGUGAUGUAAUUGAUGGCAUUAACUUUGCGAUCAGUUCAUAG